CGUCGUCCCCACGUCCCCCACGUCCGAGCGGUGCGAGCGGUCCGGGCCCAAAACGCAGCGCGCCGGUCGGCGGACAAGGACUCGACGGACACAUUGGCGCUGCGGCGACGGUAGUGAGAACAGAGACAACAGAGGACAUGGAGUCGGCCCGGAAACUGGUGAACGGCACGGCGGCCGCGCUGCCGGACCUGACCACGGAGCGCUUCCCGCACCUGGAGCGGGGCGACUUCGCCGUGCUGGCCGACCGCCACUUGCGCUUCUUCGAGGACCUGCUGGGCACCGAGGCCGUGCUCACGGACCCCGUCAAGGUGGCCGCGCACAACAUCGACUGGGACCGGCACGCGCGCGGACGCGGCUCGGUGGUGCUGCUGCCCGCCAGCACGCAGCAGGUGGCCGACGUGCUCGCCUACUGCAACCGCGAGAAGCUGGCCGUCACGCCCCAGGGCGGCAACACGGGGCUCGUCUGGGGCAGCGUGCCCGUCUUCGACGAGAUCGUGCUCUCCACGCAGCGCCUGAACGAGAUCCUGCACUUCGACGAGGUGUCGGGCGUGCUGACGUGCCAGGCGGGCUGCGUCCUCGGCGACCUGGACGCGUACGUCCGCAAGCGCGGCUUCAUCGUGCCGCUCGACCUGGGCGCCAAGAACAAGUGCCACAUCGGCGGCAACCUGUCCACCAACGCGGGCGGCGUGCGCCUGGUGCGCUACGGCAGCCUGCACGGCUCCGUGCUGGGCCUGGAGGCGGUGCGCGCCGACGGCACCGUGCUCCGCCUCAUGAACACCCUCCGCAAGGACAACUCGGGCUUCCACCUCAAGCACCUGUUCAUCGGGUCCGAGGGCACGCUCGGCGUCAUCACGCAGGUGGCCAUCCAGUGCAGCGUGGCGCCCGCCUCGGUGCACGUGCUGUUCCUGGGCGUGCCGUCCUUCCCGCGCGUGGUGGACGCCUUCCGCGCGUCGCGCGCCGCGCUGGCCGAGACGCUGUCGGCGUGCGAGAUGAUGGACGCCGAGUGCAUGAGCGUGGUGGUGGACAAGCUGGGCUACCGCCACCCGCUGCAGUCCGACUCGCCGUUCUACGUGCUGGUGGAGACCAACGGCAGCGACGCGCAGCACGACCGCGAGAAGCUGGCCAAGCUGCUGCAGUCGGUCCGCGACGCCGACAUCGCCACCGACGGCGUCCUGGCGUCGUCCGAGGCCGAGAUGCACACGCUGUGGGAGAUGCGGCUGCGCAUCGGCAAGGGCCUCUGGGCGGACGGCUGCCUCUACACGUUCGACAUCAGCGUGCCGCUCAAGAUGUACUACGACGUGGUGCCCGAGCUGGCGCGCCACCUUCGCGACAACGGGCGGCCCGUGACGCGCGUCUGCGGCUUCGGACACAUGGGCGACAGCAACCUGCACCUCGGCGUCACCACGCCCACCUUCGACCCGGAGCUCCUCGAGUGGAUGGAGGAGUUCGUGUACGACUGGACGUCCAAGCGUUGCGGCUCCGUGGCCGCCGAGCACGGCGUCGGCUUCAAGAAGAACAGGUUCGUGCACCUGUCCAAGACCGCGCCCGCCCUCAGCGUCAUGAAGGGCCUCAAGGACCUCAUGGACCCCAACGGCAUCCUCAACCCCUACAAGGUGCUUCCACUCGGACUCACCGGAAAAUCGUGUUAGUCUUGGUUUGAUUACCAGAGUCGGCACGGGGAGCGAGCCAAAAUGCUGUGUCCAGUGUUUGUGUUCAUUUCAUUCUAGUAAGUUGAUUAAGGAUGUAUCGCGAUUUUUUAGUUUGUAAGUUCGGUUUAAAAGUAGCACGUUGAAUGUUUAUUAUGUUUGUAGUGUGUAAGUUUUUUUGCUGUGAUGAAUUUAUUUUUGUUGUCAUCAUUGUUGUACUGUUUCUACCAGAUUAAAUAAAUUUGAAAUCUGAAGAU